AUGGAUCUAGCAGCGGAGGAGCUCCAAUUCCUCUCAAUCCCAGACAUUCUGAGGGAAUCAAUUUCGAUCCCGAAGCAAUCCCCCAAAACCUUCUACCUCAUAACCCUAACCCUAAUCUUCCCGCUCUCCUUCGCCAUCCUCGCCCACUCCCUCUUCACUCACCCAAUCCUUUCCCACCUCGAGAACCAUCCCACCGACGAUCCGGCCACCACCCGCCACGAGUGGACCCUCCUCCUCGUCUUCCAGUUCUGCUACCUCAUCUUCCUCUUCGCCUUCUCCCUCCUCUCCACCGCCGCCGUCGUCUUCACCGUCGCCUCCCUCUACACCUCCAAGCCGGUCUCCUUCUCCUCCACCUUCUCCGCCAUCCCCAAGGUCCUCAAGCGCCUCUUCAUCACCUUCGUCUUCGUCGCCCUCCUCAUGCUCGCCUACAACACCGUCUUCCUCGUCUUCCUCGUCAUCUUCAUCAUCGCCAUCGACACCCAGAACCCUCUCCUCGUCCUCUUCUCCAUCAUCGUCAUCUUCAUCCUCUUCCUCGUGGUCCACGUCUACAUCACCGCCCUCUGGCACAUGGCCAGCGUCGUCUCCGUCCUCGAGCCCAUCUACGGCUUCGCCGCCAUGAAGAAGAGCUACGAGCUGCUCAAGGGGAAGGCCGGAGCCGCCGCGGUGCUCGUGUUUGGGUAUUUGUCCAUCUGUGGGGUGAUUGGGGGCAUCUUCGGAUCCGUGGUGGUUCACGGCGGAGAGGGUCACGGGGUGUUCACAAGGAUCGUCGUGGGUGGGUUCCUGGUUGGGGUUUUGGUGAUCGUGAAUCUGGUGGGUUUGCUGGUCCAGAGUGUGUUCUACUAUGUCUGCAAGAGCUACCAUCACCAGGGGAUCGACAAGAUGGCUUUGCAUGAUCAGCUCGGCGGGUACCUCGGAGAGUACGUGCCUCUCAAGAGCAGCAUUCAGCUGGAGAACUUGGAUGCUUGA